CCCCUCCCCUUCUGCCCGCCUAGGGAAACCCGACUGGCCGAGGCCCUAGAAACUGUGUGUGAGCGAUUCCUGCAUUACAGCGUCCACGCCGAGCGCCCGGGCAGCCUGCGGUAUGCCAAGGGUCAGAGCCAGACCAUGAACACCCUGAAGAACUUGGUGAACAAGGGGGUGAAGGUGGAUCUGGGGAUCCCCCUGGAGCUCUGGGACGAGCCGUCGGUGGAGGUGACGCAGCUGAAGCAGCAGUGCGAGACGAUGCUGGAGCAAUUCGAGGCCGUGCUGGAGGACUGGUACUUCCACCACCAGGAGACAGCGCUGGCAGCCUUCCUGUGCGAAGGGCACGUGCUGGCACCUGGAGAGAAAGGGUGUCUGAGCGAGCUCUGGACAGGGAGGAAGGGUGACAAGGGAGCCCAGGAAGAGGAGGAGGAGGAGGAAGAGACUAUGAAACAACCCAGCCCCCCCAUGAGGCAUGCAGCUCAUGACCCUGGGGAGCUCUGAGCGGGAGGGGCUUGGUACAUUGAGGGGAGGGACUUUGACACCCCUUUUCCACCCUGCUGGGGAUGGGGGGUGGGGGUGGAUCUUCCUUUUUGGUGCCUUAUGCACAGCGGCCUGGGGGGGUUGCAUGGAAUUCCCCCCCCCGCUGCCAUGUUGUCGUUCUGUCUGUCCAUCUCUGGUUUUUAUAUAGAAAUGCCGGGUUUAUACAGAAAUCACCUGCCACCGUGAA